AUGUUACUUUAUUGCUGUAUUUUGUUGUGUUACACGAUACUAUUGCGAUUAAAUAGCAUUGGAAUAGAUUAUCAUGAAAAUAAAGCAAGUGUUUGCUUUAUAAUCAAGUCAAAAGACGAACAAGUCUUUCAAAAUGUACAAUUAAUGAGAACACCUAUAUCGUCCAAUACGACAACAUCACUCAUAUCAUUUAAGAAUGUUCAUAGUAAUAUGGUAUAUUCACAUCCAUUAUCAAUUGACAAAAUACAAAAGGGUUGUAUUUAUUACCUGGCGUACAGUACCUGGCGUUCCAGUAUAUUAGAAAUAGAAUACCAACUACCCUCAUCCAAUAAACUAACGCCUAAUCGUGACCAAUUCAUUCAACAUGUUCAUUUAUGUCACUAA